GUCUAAAUUUCAUGAUAACAGAUCAAUCCAGAUGUUGAAAGGCUUCCUCUUUGCUUGGCUUAUUGCUUUUUCUUUAGCAACAAUAGCUGUUGCACAAAACAAUCAAACAGGAUUCAUAAGCCUAGAUUGUGGAAUACCAGCACGUUCAAACUAUACAGAUAUAACAACAGGACUAUUUUACACUUCAGAUGUAGGUUAUGUCAGUGGUGGAGUGAAAAAUAACAUAUCAUCAACAUACCAAUCCAAUUCCCUAGAAAGACAAUUUCUCACAGUUACAAGCUUUCCAACAGGGACCAGAAAUUGCUACACUUUAACUCCAGCUCAAGGGAACUCUGGCAGAUACUUGAUAAGGGCAAGUUUUUUCUACGGAGAUUAUGAUAAUGGAAAUGACCGAUUCCCGUAUUUUGAUCUUUACAUUGAAGAAAAAUAUUGGAUCACAAUCUCAAUAUAUAAUGCUUCUAUACCGAUUAGAGAGGAAAUAAUACACACACCUUCUAAUGGCUCUAUAAAUAUUUGCCUUGUCAAGUUAGAUACUACAACUCCUUUUAUUUCAGCCUUAGAGUUAAGGCCUUUGAAUAAUACCAUAUACAAAGCAAUACUCAAUAGUUCAAUGGAACUUUAUUACCGUUUGGACUUCGGUUCCUUAACCAAUCAAUAUGUUAGGUACAGCGAUGAUGCGUGGGAUAGAGUUUGGAGACCAUAUCAAUUGCCGAGGACAUUAAUUAUUAAUACAACAGAAGAAAUACUUCAGAACACUUUCCAAUUACCAACGGCAGUAAUGAGCACGGCCUUGAUACCUGAUCCGGAGACCGAUUCCAGUCCCGAUACGUUGACCUUUUUCUGGUACUCUACUAAUGCCACGGAUAAGUAUUACUUAUACUUUCACUUUGCCGAAGUUGUUAAAUUAUCGGAGACAGAGAAAAGGGAAUUCAAUAUUUAUGUCAAUGACUACCUAUAUUAUGGACCUAUGUCUCCUGCCUAUUUGUCCUCCUACACGGUUUACACAGUGUAUCCAGGCAGUGGUAUCGAGAAGUACGAUGUGUUGAUUAACAAAACUGAGAGUUCAACUCUUCCGCCACUCAUUAAUGCUAUCGAAAUUUUUAGAGAGCUAAAAGGAUAUAAACCGGAUACUUAA